UUACUUCAUUCACCACGUGUGAUAUUAUAUUAUUUUAAUUUAAGUGGAAAAUAAUAUUCAAGAGAAUUAUGGGAAAGUUCAGAUCCAAACUUAAAGGGAAGUCCAAGGGAAAAAGAUGGCAAAAAGGCCAGUCUUCUACAUCAAAUCCAAAACUUCAAAAAUACAGAGAAAUGGCAAAAUCGCGAUUUUUUCAAGAAAACUUGGGCAAUACGGGCUUAACCGAAAAGGCAGUUUCAAAACAUGAAGCAAUGAUCAGAUAUGGCCACAGUACUGGUAAACAGAAAUCUGAAGCCGAAAAGGAGUUGAUCAUUGCAAAGGAAUUUGAGAAUAUGUCGGUAAAGUCAGGUGAUGAAGACACAGAAAGUGAAUACACUGGAUCCAUGAGAUCAGGCACAUAUCGAACUUUCCAGACAUUUGCCUCCGAUUGGAGUCAGUGCUCUAAUGUUAGUUUUAGCAAGUUACUAAAUAAGUUUGACUCGAAUAAUGCAGUACACAAGGAGAUGCUGGCCGUAUUGGCAGCGGUCACCGAGGUGAUUAAGGAGCAAGGAGGCAAGGAAACUACCACUGAAUACUUUGCUGCAUUGAUGGAGACUCUGAAAACAUCUGAAGGCGAGGAAAGUCUAGUGGCAGCUCUGUCUCUAUUAUCCAUGGGUAUAAAGUCUGUACCCCAAGCAGUUCUACGUAAGCAGUUUUCAGAUUCCGCAACAAUCUUCACCAACAUAUUAGAGAACAGUGAACAAACAGAAAAUGGUACACUAUUGAGAAGUGCUAUAGGCUGUCUGUCUGUGUUGCUAAGAGCGCAGGAAUAUGCACUGUGGGGUGACUCAUCCACUAUGAAAGUGUUUGACUCUGUUUUGGCAUUCACACUACAUUCAAAGCCUAAGGUACGGAAAGCAGCACAGCAUGCUGUAACGUCCAUACUUCGAGGCAGCUGCUUUAUGAUACCUUCCGAAGAUCUGAAAACUAAGGUACCAAAAGUUCAUCUGGCGUCGAAUCGCGUGGCAGAAUUCUGUUUGUCGCAAAUAAAGGCAGAAGCGCUUCUAUCCGGUCACCGCACUGUGUUGCAUACAUUGACGAUGCUUCGCGAUGUGUUGCCAAUAUUUAGUAAGGAUUAUAUAAAGUCGUGCUGUGAAGCAAUACUCUCCCUGAUGACCCACAACAACGUGUAUAUAAAGACGUGCUGUUUGCACGCGUUGCACGCACUCGUCUCAGCUCGUGCUCCCAACACCAAUCUGCCAGCUGCGCUCGCCGUGCAACUAUCUCGCGCGUUGCUUGCAGCUCGACCACCUGCCUCCGAUACCGGGCAGGGUCUGGCCUGGACUACUGUGUUGCAACAGGCCUACUGCUGUCUCGCCAGUUUGGAUCUGAAUAUGUGUAUGCCGAAUUUGCCGAUGUUUGUGAAUAUUUGCGUGUCGGAGCUCUGGUUGUCUGAUGUAGCCGACAUCACCUCAGCAGCCACGAACGCGUUGAAGGCUGUGCUAUUGGAUUGUGUAAAACCAGCGAUUGAUUCGGACGAGUUCCCUAAAUACAAACAACAUGUGGAAUCUAUAUACAAGACUAUUGGCACAGGUCUCGACAACCCGUUCAAUCACGCCAUCAAACACGUCAUUAUGACUUCGGCUGUAUGUUUUGAGAUCGGAACAGAAAAAGUUGCCUAUAUCCUUGGGCCAUUAUUAAAAAAACUGAACGAACGCCGAGAGAGUCACAAUUUCCAUAACGACAAGGAAGUUGAAUAUGCCACUGGAUGCGCAAUUAAAUCUUUAGGUCCCGAAUUCGUCCUCAAAACAAUACCAUUGCGAGAUUCACCAGACAGCAUCAACCUCGACAGAAGUUGGUUACUACCAGUCUUAAAAGAGAAGAUUGCCAAUUCAAAUAUAAAGUACUUCGCCACGGAGAUUCUAGAAAUGGCAACAUUCUGCCGGAAGAAAGCUAGGGAGCUGAGUCAAGCCAAGGAUAUGCCAGGGUCGCAUACGUACGAUUUGCUUUGCAAUCAAUUCUGGGCGCUGUUACCGAGUUUCUGCAACAAUCCUAUGGAUGUUAAGGAGAAUUUUAAGGCUGUUGCGAGAGUGUUGGGAAAUGUAUUAAAAGACAAUCCGGAGUUCCGUCUGUCUGUAAUGCAAGCCCUACGCAAAUUGAUCGCUUGCACAGCAGACAACGCAGACGACCAAACGGAACUAGCCAGAUUUGCUAAGAACUAUUUACCUAUAUUGUUGAAUAUAUACAUGACCCCGGCAAAGGGCAGUACUGCUGAAGGCCAGAGAUUGGCAGCUUUGGAAACUAUACAGGUAUAUCUAAUUAUAAGUGAACAAACUCUUCGGGAAGAACUCUUCAAAAAUUCCGUCCAACAAUUGGAACUAUCAACAGAUAACCAUUUCCAAAGAGAGUCUAUCCUGGAUAUUAUUAGACUACUGGUAUUGUACCAGAAUAGUGAUGAGAUUGCUCUGUUGUUUGACAAAUGGGUUUAUCCUCUCUGUGAGACGGUUCUAGAAGAUCCAAAGAAGUUUAAAAAGGCCAAGAAGGAAAAAGAUGCAAUGGAAGAAGACAGUGGAGAGUCUAAAAAGAAUGUAUUGAGAUACAAAGACAAGGCGAAACUCCUCGAGAUGGAGCACAAGAAAGCGUACAGGAUAUUAGAAGAGAUCUUCAAGAGUGACAGAGACAAUUGCAAACAGUUCCUGACGGCGAACUAUAAGAAAAUAAAGAAAUUGUUAAUGAGUUCAUUGAACAAAGUUGCAGAUAGCAGUAAAGCGGCCAGGCUUAGAUGUAUGGAGCAUUUAAUAGACGCGAUGCCGUCCGUAAACGCAGACAGCAAGCUCUUGAAGAGCGCCAUAGCGGAGUCCGUUAUAUGUACAAAGGAUAUCAAUUCCAAAUGCAGACAGUGUGCAUUCAACGUGAUUAGCUGCGUUGGUAAUAAACUCAAGGCUCAGGAAGGAGGUAUGCAGGGAUUCCUAUCACUAUUAAUGUCAGGACUGUCAGCCCCUCUUCCUCGCAUCGUCAGCGCCACCCUCAGAGCGAUGGCUUCAGCACUUUUUAACUUUUCUGAAGACAUGGGUCUGGAGUCCGUCCAGGAUCUGUUGGAGAAGGUGGCAGAACAGAUGAAGACCAGUAAUAGGGAGAUAGUCGCCGCUUCAUUGAGUUUUAUUAAGGUAUAUACCAAGGUACUUCCAAAUGAAGUGCUGGCUGGUAGCUUGCCUGUAAUCUUUAAAGCCCUCUGUUCAAUGUCUGAUGAUUGCAAACGUCAUUCCCGACUAGAAAUAGGCUACUUCCUCACAAAAAUGGUGAGGAAAUAUGGAGCUGAUACUAUAGAGAAAUUAAUAACUGAUGAAGUGAUGCUGAGAAGGUUGAGGAAUAUAAGGAAAAUGGAGAAUAGGAGAAAGAGAAUGAAGGACGGACAGAAGGAUCAAUCAAGUGACUCCGAAACAGAUGCACCAAUCAAAGGCACAUCAAAGACCCUCGAAGAUAUUCUCAAAGAUUCAGACUCAGAAAUGGAGUUCCUAGACGACGAAGACGAGAGGCCGAGACAGAAGGCCAAAAAGACCAGAACUCCAGCCAGAAACCAGGCAUGGAUAGAAGAUGAUCCGGAGAACAUUGUGGACUUGGCUGAUGUUUCAUCCUCCAGAAAAAUAACAGCAACGGACCCCAAUCAAAAGAAGAAAGCGAUAGAAGUAAAAGAGAAGAAGAAAGACGGCGGGUUCAGAACGGCAGCGGACGGCCGGCUGAUCAUCACCGAUGACGCGUUCGAUGAUGAUGAUGAUGAAGAACCUAAAGCAAGCGGUGACAUCGACAGUGAUACUGACGAUACGGAUGAUGAAGGUCAAGGGAAGCCUUCCAGACUCAUCAAGCCUGGUGCCAAGCGCCGUUAUGACGAUAUACUUAGUAUAAAGAGCGGAAGGUCGAACCGUAGCAAAGCGUCUACAGCUACAGUAACGUCUAAGUAUAAAGCUGGAGGAAAAGGUAUACAUAGGCCCCUUGGAUCAGCGGCGUCUGUAGCAUCCAAUAUCGGCAAUGAAUUCAAAUCUAAGAAGGCGAAGGGUGACGUCAAGAAGAAGGGAAAACACGACCCUUACGCGUAUCUACCGCUGUCCAGGAAAAAUCUGAACAAAAGAACAAAGGCGAUUACGUCCAAACAAUUUAAGGGUAUCGUGAAAUCGAAGACAAAAGGUGGAAAAGUGAAGUCAAAAAAUAGAAAGUGAUUUAUUUAUAUAUGUACGGUUAUGACUAUUAAA